UGUAGAUGCAUCUCUCUCUGCACCUGUGGAUUGUUGACAAUACUCCUCACCACUAUCCUGGUCAACGUCAUGUUCCCUUAUCCGCUGCAUGCAUCUUGCAUUAUCAAAUGGAACUUUGGAGAACCUUGCACGGAAAUCAUGCAGAAGCUGAGGUGGCAAAUACUUGACUGGUCAUCCUGCGUCAACUGUGGUCCACAUGGCAGCAGAUGCCUCUACUCGCUGAAGGAGCUAAGACCUGACGAAAACAAUGUAAUCAGAGCCUCACACCUUGCGCCGAACAUGAAGACUGUGGAAACCAUACAAAUAGCUUUCAAAGAGGUCAACAAAACCUGCAUGGCAACAGGUGAAUCCGUGUCGAACGAGUGGUUCAGGAUAUUCGAUUAUGGCACGAACUACUGUAAUUUGCGCAACUUGGUGACCAGCAUUGGCUUCAACGGAAGCCCGAGGUUCCUAGAGCUGACGAGCAACGCAGUUUGCACGCAGUACAACAUGGCUGUUUGUAAUUAGACUCAC